AUGACAAUCAAGUUUGUGCUCAUCCUCUUCAUAGUUCUCGAUCAAGGUGCUCGUUCGGAUCUACUGGAAUAUGGCGACGACGAUGAAGAUCCCAACGAUACCACUGUCAAUCAAAUGCUGGUUCCCAGGUCGCACCAGGAGGAUGCCACACUUAUACUGAACAAUUUGCUCAAGGAAUACGACAAGACGCUGCGGCCGGACAUUGGAGUGAAACCUACAGUCGUCAAUGUGGGCAUAUAUGUCAACAGCAUCGGGCCUGUGUCAUCCAUCGAUAUGGAGUACCAGAUCGAUAUUAUCUUCGCCCAGACCUGGGUGGACACCCGUCUGCGCUACAACAGCAGCAGCAGCAUGCGACUAACCCUCAACAGCAAUAUGGUCGGCUUGAUCUGGCUGCCCGACACCAUCUUUAGAAAUUCCAAGAAUGCCGACUCUCACUGGAUAACAACGCCCAAUCAGCUGCUCCGGAUCUGGAACAAUGGAAAAGUCCUCUACACACUGAGGAUGACCAUCAAUGCAGAAUGCCAGCUGCAGCUCCAUAAUUUCCCAAUGGACGAACACUCCUGUCCUCUCGUCUUCUCCAGCUACGGCUACCCACGGGACGAGAUUGUGUACAAGUGGAACCGGAACUCGGUGGAGACCUCGGACCAGAAAUACUGGAGGCUUUACCAGUUUGAUUUCAUGGGGCUCAGAAACACUACAGAUGUGCUCACGACGACAGCAGGUGAAUAUGUGGUGAUGAGCGUGUACUUUGAUCUCAGCCGAAGAAUGGGCUACUUCACCAUCCAGACCUACAUCCCCUGUAUCCUGACUGUGGUCCUCUCCUGGGUCUCCUUCUGGAUCAAGAGCGAUGCCACGCCUGCAAGGACAGCCCUAGGCAUCACCACAGUGCUAACAAUGACCACCCUGAGCACAGUUGCCAGGAACUCGCUACCUAGAGUGUCCUACGUGACGGCCAUGGACUUGUUCGUCACAGUCUGUUUCCUGUUUGUCUUCGCUGCCAUGAUAGAGUACGCCAUGCUCAACUACUACUCCUACAGUAUACGCAGACCUCCUGUCAAGACGCAGAGAAUGGCCUACUCAUCCUUCACCAUGGGUCACACGCCUCGGUCCAUGAUGCCCAUGGGCAACUCCUUGUUCUGGCAGGACUACGACGACAACUGCCUGUACGAGUGCCUGGACGGGAAAGACUGCCAGAGCUUCUUCUGCUGCUACGAGGAGUGUAAAGAAGGCGGCUGGAGGAGAGGACGCAUCCACGUCAACAUCGGCGAGCUGGAUGCCUACUCUCGGGUUUUCUUCCCCACCUCCUUCCUGCUCUUCAACAUAGUCUACUGGGUCAGCUACCUCUACCUCUAGGCGGUCUUGGGCUGUGAUCCGCGGGCCCCACUGAAACAGCCACAGUCCCUGCCACUUUGCAAAACUAAACAUGGAGGAGAAAAUAAAAGGUGGAUGCGUUCUUUGGGAAUUGUGAAAGACAUGCAGCCUCUGGAGGGGUAAAAAGUGCAUUUGUGCUAGAGUGCACAGUUUAACAGCCAUGAUACUUUGAGCAGUGGCACUCCGAGGAGAAUACAACGCUCAGCAGUAAAACAACAAGCCGCCAGCAUUAACUUGAAUGGAAAGGUCCCGGUUAUGACUCUCAGAAACCAAACAGACAGCUGUUACUGCAGAGACGUUCGGGGAAAGGGUUGCAUUGCUAAGUCUUGGUCAUAGAGAUGGGGAAGCACCCAUAGUGCCUUCUUUAGAAAGGGUGCGGCACUGAGAGACAGCUUCAGAGUUCCCUCCAUUAUCUUCAUUACCUCAUCCACCACACCGCCGCAUGCUGAUCUGUCUAUUCUUUAAUAAAACAAACCUGGAACACGAACACUGGAAAUGUUUAAAACAUUCACCAUUUAUUUUAUAGCACAAUGGUUUUAGUUGUACUAUAGCAUUAGUUCUGCUUUCUAAUAAUAGCAACCUUUUCUUAUCAUUAAUAUUAGAAUUAGGUGUAUUUUCAUAGCAAGUCAACUAGCCUGCCCAUCAGUUGUUAAUUGUUAAAUAUGAGUUAGUGUCAGGGCCAGUGGUUGUCUGGUAAAAUCUAGUUUUUUUAAGUCAGUGAGCUUUUGUUCAUGAUGCUUUAUAUCCAAGCGAUGCAGUUUACAGUAGAUGCCAAGAAGAUUUAGGUGUUUCAUAAUAAAUGCUGGGUUACAUUCUUACACACAAAAUGUAGAAUAACUGCAUAAAUACAUACCAAUCUAAUACUAAACAUGCUAAUCUCAUCCACGGGCAUAUUACGUGACGGUAUGUUACAGUAUAUGAAUAAACAGAUUAGGGUUGGGGCAGCGCCGGCUCCAGCUUUUUAAAAGGCAGUUUCACAUUUUUUUUUAAACACUUUCAUCCUUACAGAAUUCUUGUGUCUAAUAAGGCUUGUGGAUUACCUUGGAAGCAUCUCUAAACUAUACUAUGUUACCCAGUUAACUUUAUCCUCAAAACGUCCUUCAACCUUUUGUCUUGAUACAUUUAAUUUCCACAGCACUAACUCCAUCAGUACAGCAAGAGUCACGUCAGGCCCCUAUUCCAGAGUGAAACUUUCUCAAAAAGUUGAAGUAUUCCAAAACGUUUCUAACUCCAAAGAAAGAAAUCUCAUCAGCAUUGGUGUCAAUGGAGCGUUCCAGAUGUGCACGAUGCACACAAAAUCCUUGUUGCAUUAGUUUUGGCCACUUGAACCGUAAAGCACAUAUACUGUAAAUGGCCUAUUGACUUUGCAUUUGAGUUGUUCUAUCCAGUUUCAGAAGUAGAGUAGCGUGAGUGCAUACAUUUGGAGUCUUGAUGAAAGCCAAAUGCAGGACCUGAAGGCACAUCUCCCUGUGCCCUGCUGACGAUGAUCACACGUGCUGU